AUGGCAUUUUUGCGCUGCUGUGCAACUCGUUUUUUGUGUUUCAGCAUCAAGCGUAUCAAAUCAGUGGGGCCGCCGAAAUCAGCGCUUCUAGAACGAACGAGGUCACUGGUUUCAAACCUGCUCGCCACUGAAACAGACGGUGCGCUGAUGUUACGAACUCGAGAGCUCUGUAAACACUGCAUGGAAUAUCCCGAAGCGUGCAGCAUCGAGUUUCAGGAUGCCGUUUUCAAGAAGCUGAAGCUUUCUUUACGGAGGAGCAGUGACCACAUAUUUAAGGAGCAUAUCCAGCAGUUUCUAAUGCUCAUGGGCGAUGUUGGUGCACCGCGUGGUGCUGGCGUCCGGAUUUUGUCCAUCGAUGGCGGCGGUACGAAAGGCAUGCUGGGUCUGGACAUGCUGCAAGCACUGGAAAAUGCUUUACACGGACCAAAAGUUGUUGAAGUGUUCGACCUGAUUACGGGCGUCAGUACGGGAGCUAUUAUCGGUACUUUGCUAGCCGCAAAGCGACUGUCCGUCGAGAAGUGCAAGGAAGUUUACAUUGCGAUCUCGCGUGAGCUGUUCAGUCAGGGUAAAUUUUCCGGGAUGAGCGGCCUCUUGCUUUCUCAUGCAUAUUAUAAUACCGAGAAAUGGAAAGGACUGCUUAAAAAUGUUAUUGGUGAAGAAACGUUGUUGGAAAUUUGUGGACGCUGGCCUUCUCCCAAACUGAGUAUUGUGUCCUGCACUGUAAAUACACCGACGCUGCAACCGUAUAUUUUUCGUACGUACGGACAUCCGAUCAAAAGUUGCAGCCAUUAUCGUGGUGGAUGCAAUCAUAAAGUGUGGGAGGCUUUACAAGCAUCAGCUGCCGCGCCAGGAUAUUUCCAAGAGGUACCGUUGGGAGCACUGCUGCAUCAGGACGGUGGAGUGCUCACCAACAAUCCAACAGCUCUGGCAGUCCACGAAGCACGCAUGCUCUGGCCAAACGAGCGAAUUCAGUGCGUGGUCUCGAUUGGCAAUGGGCGCGCCAUAUCCAAGGUGGAGCCAGCUGUCGAGAAGUUAUCUACACGUCUGCAAGAAAAAAUCUUACGGAUUAUUGAUUCAGCAACGGACACCGAACUUGUUGAUUUAUGUAUGCGUGAUGUUCUACCUAAGGGAUCAUACAUGCGUUUCAACCCAUACACCAGCUACACGUACGCACUGGAUGAAAUCGACCCGAAAAAGCUGCGACAAAUGGGUCAGGAUGCACAGUUAUAUGUAUCAAAAAAUCAAGCAAAGUUCGAGGCAGCUGCAAAAGCGCUUCUCGCUGGACCUACGCUGAAGCAGCGCCUUUCCCGAAAUUUUAGUGAUCUGAUAAUUUUAUAUGGUAACUCUUUUGAUUAG